AUGCAGCUCACUCGUGUCUUCCUCGGGCUCCUCCCUCUUUGCGUUGCCUCCUUGGCUGCGCCAAUAAUUAACAACGUCGAAAUUGCGGUAAGGCACUCCAACUACGAGCCUGAUGAGUCCCUCCUGGCCGAAUACGCCGACAAGCGAGAGGAAUUCACUGACGACAUCCAAGCCAUCUAUUCCAAGCGAGAGGAGUUCACGGAUGAUAUCCAGGCAAUUUAUUCCAAGAGGGAGGAGUUCACCGACGACAUACAAGCUAUUUACUCCAAGAGAGAGCCUGAAGAAUUCACCGACAACAUCCAAGCCAUUUACUCCAAGAAACGAGAGGAAUUCACUGACGACAUUCAAGCCAUCUACUCCAGGGAGCAGUUUACCGACGACAUUCAGGCCAUUUAUAGCAAGCGAGAGGAAUUCACGGACGACAUCCAGGCCAUCUACUCGAAGAGAGCGUCAACUAUGAUAGAGCCUGAGGAGUUCACCGACGAUAUCCAGGCUAUUUACUCCAAGCGCGAGGAGUUCACGGAUGACAUUCAGGCGAUCUAUUCCAAGCGCGAGGAGUUUACCGAUGACAUCCAGGCGAUCUACUCAAAGAGGGAGGAGUUCACCGAUGACAUCCAGGCCAUCUACUCCUAA